AUGUCCUUUUCGAUAGUUGGCGCAAUCAUUUCUGUGAAGCCAAAAGAGCCGCAAUUCUUUCUGAGCUUGGCUAAGAAGUAUGGAAGUAGUUCCUGCAGAUCUAUGAUCAACGAUGUUGCUAACAUUACGUUACAAGCUAAUCAGUCAAUUCGAGUAUCGCCAACACUGUUGCUGUUCCCGCGUCCGUCUGCUUUGAAAGAUAUCUUCUGGGAUCUACGGUGCAAUCAAAAGGCUGUGCGGUACAAUAGCCCUGCAUUGGGCCCACCUCAUUUGUUCACGACAGUAGACGGUAACGAGCAUCGUGCUCUUCGCAAGGGACUUUCAUCCGCUCCUUGGGCUAUAGAUCCACUCAAGAACGCUUGGGAGUCUCGCUUCGAUGAUAAAUUCAACCUCUUCGUAGCGAAGAUGCGUGAGCAUGCGGCAGCGAAACGCUCGAUUUUUCUCUCUGACAAAGGGUCCGAGUUUGCCGCCGACAUCAUGAGUAUGAUUGCUUUCGGAGAUCCAUUUGGAUUUGGGAGUGUUUGA